GAUUGAUCGGUCGUAUCAAUUUUGGUUCAGUUAUACUUCAAAAUAAUUUUCUCUUUUGGGCAUAAUAUCUAAUAUAUAUUCAAAACUUAUUGCAUAAAAAUAAUGCCAUUGUCAGAGGAGGAAAUUUUUAUCCGUAUAAUGACUUCGCGUCGUCUUCGUGAAUGGACUGAUGUUAGAACAGCCUUAGAUUGGGUUCAACAGGAAACAUGUAUAACAUAUGUGUGGAGUGAUGGUGAAUCUAUUAAUACUGCAGACUGUAAUGCAAGAUUUCAAAUUAAAUGGAUUGGCGAUCGUUAUGUAGUUGGUUCGUUUAAUCUUAACCAUAAUCACGCUCGACCUCUGUACCCUGGAUGGACAAUACUAAUGAAGGAAAGUAUAACAGCUGGAAAAGAAAGAAAGCAGAGUUCUAGUGAUCAAAGAAAUUCAUUGAAAAUACAAGAUCAAUUAGCCCAUAGUAAUGAUAAAACAUUAAAUCAAGUUAUUUCUAGUAUUACUCAAAAUUCAUAUGUUGCAAUUGAAAGCAAUGAAUUAAAACAACUGACUCAUAUAUCAAUGGCACGUUAUGAAGCAAUUGAAACGUAUCGAUUGUAUCCAGAAGUAGUUCUUUUAAGCGCUACUCACAAUGUAACAACAACACGUAAAGCUUCAGUAUUCCAAUUCAUUGUGAUCGAUGGUUUUGGAUAUGCUAAACCAAUUAUGUACUGUAUGAGUACUAUUCAACAACAGGAUGUAUUGUCAAUAUUUCUUAAACACUUUUCUCGUAUUCUACGAAAUCUUGAUAAAACUCGUACAUUUAUAAUGGAUUGUGGUAUUGUUCAAUUGGACUGUGUGAAAGAAAUAUUUCCAAAGGCUAAAAUUCUCUUCAGUCCCUUAAUUGUUGAAAAAGCAUUUAGCAGAAAAUGUAACGAUCCUACAGCUACUGCAAUUUUUCAUGCUAUCAUAACUACACAAUCUCGUCUACAAUUUGAUUAUUUUAUAGAGAGAUUAAAAUAUGCAGAUCUAAAUGCCUACAAUUAUAUGAUGAAUAGAUGGAUGCCUAUGAAAUCCAAUUGGGCGGUUAGUUUCUAUAGUGAUCAAGUGAUUACAUUAGGCGUCAAUGUUAUUGAUAUCAUCAAAAGUGUUAAUCCUAGUAUAAAAGAAUCAUUGAGAAAAUUGACUGAUAUUAAAGAUUGUUUAACUGUAUUAUAUAAUGAAGCUGAAAAACAUUGGAUUUCACCAAAUCGAAUUAAUCUGCCACAUGCUCAUUGUAUUAAAACUGAGGAGAGUAAUGACAAUAGUAAUAAUAAUAAAAGUGUUAUUCCAGAGAAAUUGAAAAGCAUCUUGAAUCAAUUAACUGAUUAUGCUGCAGAUAUGAUGUAUCAUCAUUCUAUUCGAAUGAAUGAAAUUCAUGUUGACUUUAUCAAUUCUGAUAUAGCCUUAUGUACAGAUGAUAAUUCUUUUCACAAUAUGGAGUCAAUCGAAAAGAAUCAACUUGUUCCUGUGCAUUCAAUACAUCAUCUUUUCUACCAUGUAAACAUUUAUCUCUCAUCUAUCUACACUAUGGUUUACAUAAAAAAUAAUGAAUAA